UAUUCUGAAAGUGGCCCAUCAGCUUACUCUUGUGAGGCUUAAGGUCUCUGGAGAUGAAGACUUCUGCAACUUCAUACCAAAGGUGAACACUAAAACUCUGUACUCCAAUGGUGAAGCAGCAAUACUCCUGAGAUGCUGUAACUUUGCGCAGGGGUUUGAAAAAUGGACCUUGUGCAGUCUGAAGAUACCACUUCAAUGUUUUAUCCAGGCUAUGGACAAAUAAUACACAAAUCAUGGAAACCCCGAAUUCAUAUCCACUUACAAAGUCUGACAAAAACUACAAUACAAAAGAAACUCAAAGGGCCAACUGCUGCUGAUGUGAACCUCUGGACUGAAUCUUUUGAGCGCCUUUUGACUAACCAGAAUGGACAAAUGGCAUUCAAAGCAUUUCUGAAGUCAGAGUUCUGUGAAGAGAAUUUAGAGUUUUGGCUUGCCUGUGAAGAAUUUAAAUGCCUGAAAACAAAAGAAAUACUGGCUUCCACAGCUGUUGACAUUUAUGAACAAUUCAUCAAAACGGACUCUCCAAAACAGAUUAAUUUGGAUUUUCACACAAGAGACUGCAUCACACAGAGCCUCCAGCACCCUACCACCUCCUGUUUUGUUGCGGCACAGAGGAAAAUAUAUCACCUAAUGGAGAGUGACACUUAUCCUCGUUUCAUCCAGUCAGACUUUUACAAAGAACUACGCAAAAUAGCCUGCACGGGAAUCAAAAAGAAUCGCAGAAGAAUUCUGCAUUGAGUCAGGGACAAUGGAAGUGUACCACAAGAGUGCCAAAAAGAAAUGAAGAGAUACACUACACUCCCCAGCGCCAUCAUUAUGUCAUUAUGUAAUUUGACAAGCAGAAAAUCAUGCUUGCUCCCAAGAGCAUAAUCAUGACCCUUAUGGAUAGUAGCCUACAGUAGUUGCACACUAGGCCUACUUCCACUAAACAAAUGACAUCUCUGACAUGUCGAACAUGACAGUGUUUUUAUUGCAAUGCGCAGAUGGUCUGUAUUGAUAUCUAUUUUAUUGACUGAAAGUGUUUGGUCUAUUUUAUGUCUUUUUUAUGUCUAUUCUGCCUAGCUUGAGUAUAUGUACAAUGCUCAUUCCUAUCAUGUUUACUCAUUUACAGUAUAUAUCAUACGUAUAUAUGUGUGUGUGUGUGUGUGUGUGUGUGUGUGUGUGUGUGUGCGUGUGUGUAUGUACAGCAUAUAUAUGUAUGUAUGUAUGUAAACACAAUACCUGAACAAAUUUUGCUUCAUUGUAUGCAACUUACAAAGACAGACCAACCAACUAAGUUUCUAGUUUCUCUCACACAAGUAAAUCUCGGCACAAAGAUUGCCAUCUAAACCUAAGCUAGUUGAGCCACCUAGUGGCUCUCUUGCUAUCUCACCACGUUUUCUUCUACUAUUCAGGUGUCAGGCAACUGUAAAUCCUCAGUCCAAAUGUUGAGCAAACCAUUUCAAAUAUUCAAGUUCAAGUACUUUAUUGUCAUGCACUCAUAAAAUUAAUUAUAAGUAAUGCUCAGCUAAGGAAUAAAUUAAAAUUAAAAUUAGUAAUUAAAAA